UCGGGAAUGUACAUCAAGAUCAAAUUAUUUCUAAAUAAAAAUGGGAAAGGGACACCAAGGCAAGUGCUUUGGAUUCCUCCUCUUACUAUGCUUCUUCAGUUCAACUUUCGCACGCAGGAUUCUUAAGGAUCUAGACCAUGUAGUGAAGCCUGGGAAGGUUAGUUUGAGGGAACAAGAUCAUGGCUUGUUCAGUCUAGAACCUGACCACAAAGUCAAGCCUGGUCAUAAGCUGCAGUCCGCGUGGUGGGGUGAGCCAGAAGAGCCUGAGGACAAGGUCAAGCCUGAUCAUAAACUGCAAUCCAUGUGGCGUGAGCUAGAAGAACCUGAUCCUGAAAAAAAGCAUGCUCAUAAAGUAAUGCCUGAUUACAAAGAGAAGCUUAAUGAUGGUGGUAAAGAGAAGAUUGAUGACAUAGAGAGGCCUGAUCAUAAAGUAAAGCCUAAUUACAAUGAGAAGCUUAAUGAUGCUGACAAAGAGAAGAUUGAUGGCAUAGAGAAGCCUGAUCAUGAAGUAAAGCCUAAUUACAAAGAGAAGCUUAAUGAUGGUGGGAAAGAGAAGAUUGAUGACAUAGGGAAGCCUGAUCAUAUAGUAAAGCCUAAUUACAAAGAGAAGCUUAAUGCUGACAAAGAGAAGAUUGAUGACAUAGAGAAGCCUGAUCAUAUAGUAAAGCCUAAUUACAAAGAGAGGCUUAAUGAUGGUGGCAAAGAGAAGAUUGAUGACAAAGAGAAGCCUGAUCAUAAAGUAAAGCCUGAUUACAAAGAGAAGCUUAAUGAUGGUGACAAAGAGAACAUUGAUGACAUAGAGAAGCCUGAUCAUAUAGUAAAGCCCAAUUACAAAGAGAGGUUUAAUGAUGGUGGCAAAGAGAAGAUUGAUGGCAUAGAGAAGCCUGAUCAUAUAGUAAAGCCUAAUUACAAAGAGAGGCUUAAUGAUGGUGGCAAAGAGAAGAUUGAUGACAUAGAGAAGCCUGAUCAUGAAGUAAAGCCUGAUUACAAAGAGAAGCUUAAAGACAAAGAGAAGAUUGAUGGCAUAGAGAAGCCUGAUCACACAGUUAAGCCUAUGGGAUAUGGCUAUGGCGUUGGUUAUGGCAGUGGAGGCAGCGGCUUCGGAGAAGGAAUAGGCUCUAGUGGUGGCAGUGGCUUUGGAGAAGGGAUAGGCUCUAGUGGAGGCAGUGGCUUCGGAGAAGGGAUUGGCUCUAGUGGUGGCAGUGGCUUCGGAGAAGGAAUAGGCUCAAGUGGAGGCAGUGGUUUUGGAGAAGGAAUAGGCUAUGGUGAUGGUUCAGGUGUUGGCAUUGGAGAAGGAAGAGGAUCAGGGUAUGGCCAACCCAAUUGCGGUCCUGUCAGGGGAGCCCCAGGUACCGGAUUCGGUGAAGGCAUUGGACGAGGUAGUGGUUCAGGGGAAGGGAUUGGUAUCGGUAGAGGAGGAAGUGGCUCUACUGGUGUACCCAGUGUAGUUGUCCCUCCCAUAACUGUACCAGGCACAACAAUCCCUCCCAUAACUGUGCCAGGCACCCACAUUCCCGGUUUUACCAUUCCGGGAGUGACGGUUCCUGGCUUUGGUACUGGUGGAGGAUGCCAAACCGGUGGGUGCACCCCAAGCGUGCCAUACUACCAUCCACCUAUAUACCAACCACCAAACUGUCCCCAUUGUCCUCCUUUCGUUUCAGGACUAGAUAAAGGGACCAUGACCGAAGCUCUUGCACCCAUGUCAAAUGAGAUGCACAACUAAACUUUGUGUCCAUGGAGAACACAAAGUCUGACAAUGAGAUUAAAGUAUAUUUUGGUUUGGUAAAAGCUUCACGUUAAGUUGAAUAAUCCAACUUUAUCCCAAAUAAAGUUCUGAAUAAGUGAAAUGUGGCGAAGAAAUAGUAUUGUGUAAAGAAGCAGGCAACAGAAACUGUAUUUUGCAUUUUCAUGGAUGUAUCUUUGACAAUGAGUUUUUAAUAGGCCCAAGCUUGUAUUAUAGUGUGUUAUUUCCUUAAUUUUAAGAUAAAGAGUGAUUAUGGUGGUGGGUUUAA